UAAAAGCAGGAUAUUAUAUACUCCUAAAUUCUCUUACUCAUCAGAGACAUAAGAGAAGAAGAAGAAGAAGAACAGUUGGUGAAUGUGUUGGCUUUCAAUGCCUACUUGGCGAAGGAUCCGAUGUCAUCAACUCUCUCUAUCUCUCUCUCCAUAAACCCUUAAUUUCCUUCUCUCUCUCUCUUAAUUUCCUUCUCUCUCUCUUUCUCUCCCUAUCAGUUGAGAAAACUACUGCAAAUCUAAUCAAGAAGCUCAAAGAAGAGCUCAUGUAGGAUCCCAUCUUCGGCUUUCUUUCUUUCAGCUUCUUCAUAUAACAACAGCCCAUUGAUUGAUGUGCUCAGAUUUAGACAAAUUCACCUUCCUAACAGCCAUGUCGUCUAAUUCAGAGUUGCAUCUCGUCAAAGAAAAUCAAGAAGAUAUUGAAUUCAAGAUCUUGCUUAGACCCAGUUUAGAUUUUACUGUCGUAUCAGAGAGUUCUGAUGCAAAUGGGAUCAUUGCUCUUCAAUGGCACAGUCAAGAAGAAGAAGAAGAAGAAUGCAAGACCACUGGGGAUUCUUCUUCACGGCAGCUAUCUUUAGGAGAAUUGAAGGCAACAGAUGAUGAUGAUAACGAUGGAUUCAAAACUCCAACAACUAUGGAUCACAAAAUCCCAGUAAUCAAACAAUGCCCAGCUGCACCAAGAAAACCCAGGCCUGUACUUUGUACUAAAAGAAAAGCAAUCUCACCAUCAAAUGGACGAAGAAGUCUACAACUUGAUCUAUCUCGAGAAGUGGAGUCUCUAUUUCCUAGGCCUAUUCUUGCAGAUUUUUAUCAGAAGAUGAAGAAAGCUCGAAGAGAAGACACCCACUGAACUAAUUAACUUGCACAUUCAUUUGGUAAGAUAAAUUACAUAUACAUUUAUGUGAUAAUCAUGCAAUUGGGCAAAUGAAUUUAUUCUAGUUUUAGUCUUCGUCUUCUUUGAAAUCAUGGGUUGAGAUCUUGAUAGGGUGGGACCCUAAUGAUGUUGUAAAGUUAAAGUUGCAAAAGAUUAAAGAUUUAAGGAUAAAAAGAGAAGAUGUUACUACUUCUGCAUCUAAUUAAGGCUCUUUUGUACUCAAGGUGUUAUGCUGUUCUAAAGAAAGAGAAUUUAUUCUUGGCAACUUCAAAAGAAAAAUGAACCUUCAUACAUAAUAAAACAUCAAAUUUAAUUUAA